AUGGAAGAUAAAUCUGGACAACCCAGCGAAGGGAUCGAUCGCGAUGCGUACAUUGCCGCCGUUCACCCUGGAACAGAAAUUGAAUUUUCCGAACAUAAAGACGCUCUCAAGAGUACUACUUUUGGAGGGGCAAACAACCUUCUACAUUUAGCUGCUAGUGUAGGAAAUCUACAAGUCGUUCAACAGCUCUUGAAACUCAAUCCUCCACUUGUUAAGGAGACCAAUGCCCGAGGAAUUACUGCGCUGCACUUGGCUGCUCAGGGAGGUUUCUCUGAUGUCGUCAAGGCUCUACUCCAACAACCACAAAGUGGUGUCGAUGUCCGCAACAAGCUUAAUGAAACAGCUCUGUUUAAAGCCUACGAAAGCGAUGAUUUAGCCACAGUGAAGGCACUGUUUGACGCAUGUCCGUCAAGUCUACGGCAAAAGACAUCGGAAGAGAGAACCUGUUUAUAUGUUGCAAUAACCAGAGGAGAUUCAGAUCAUUCUCUUUUUCAGGAUUUGGUGGGUCGUAUACUAAAGUUACCAUAUGCAAAAGAUUUAAUCCAUGAGAAGUACAAAGAUGGAGAUACAGCCUUGCAUAUAGCUGUUGGCAGAAACGAUGUGCAUAUAAUAAAGCGGUUAUUAGAGAUUGAGCCCCAGCUUUGCUACUAUGUUAAUAACAACAAAGAAUCACCGCUUUGUAUAGCAGCGAAAUUGGGGCAUCUGGAAGCACUAAAAGUGUUGAUAAAGACGAGACCGGAUGCCAUCGAAAUACCAAAUAGUUGUGGAAUGAAUGUGCUACACUUAGCUGCCCAAGUUAGACAAGUGCGAAUUGUUGAUUAUUUGAGAGAAACAGUAGCCCUGUCGGAACUGGUGAACCGGGGACUUGACAAGCCUCCGAAGAAAAAGCCCCUACAAAGUGGCAAAAGAAAAAAUCCGGCUGGGAAAAAAUAUCAGUUUUCAAAGAUAACUAAAGGAGACACACCCCUACAUAGAUAUCAGUUUUCAAAGAUAACUAAAGGAGACACACCCCUACAUAUUGCAGCGAGGAAGAAACACUUCAAUAUGGUGAAAUCUUUGCUGGGUAUAAGGGGAUAAACAGGCUUGCCGUUAACAACGAAGGCAUGACGGCCCUCGACAUUGUGAGAGAAGACACAGAGUACCACGAAUCCUAUAAGAUAAUUUCAGUGCUGCCUAGCUAUCCUUCGAAGCGCAAGCCUUUCCUGUACAGUGCUCCAAAGGUGAGCGCAGAGAAACACGAGCUUUCCAUGGAGAUGUUGAGCAAAACAUUUGACGCCAGGCGCAGCACAGAAUUAGUGGUGGCAGUGUUGUUAGCCACAUUGUCAUUUACGGCAGCCUUCACCGUUCCGGGUGGUUUCGUGACGGACGUAAAGCAAGGAGAGUCAGAGGACAGUUUAGGCUCGCCGAUUCUGCUUGGAUUAGACUCCUAUAAGCUUUUUCUCAUUUUUCAUUGUGCGGCAUUCUUUCUGUCCCUCCUCGUGGUGCUCAUAUGGCAGAUUAGUUCACCUCUUUCCACGAGAGAUAAGCUAUUGUUCAUCUGUGUCACUAACGUAUUGGCUUGUGCUACCUUUGCCUUUACGGCCUUUGGUUUCAUCGCCGCAGUGUAUGCCAUGCUUAAUCGCAAGGCUUACAAUCUGGGCUGGAUCGUCCUCGGGACCUUCUUGUUCAUCUUCUGUUGUGGUAGUUUGACUUUAUCCUACAUGCUUGCAAUGUAUUUCGUGAACAAGGCCAGAUUCAACCACCUGAAUGGUGUAAUUCCUUAUGGAGUUGAGCGUUUGGCGGAGAGCGUAUGGAUAAAACUAGAAAGAUCGGGGCUCUUGGGCAAGAUGCGCUGCUGAAAAAGCAAGUGGCUUGAAAUCUUGUACUUGACCUGCCUUGAUAAACAUAUGGCUGUCAGAAACGACGAUAAAGUGCCCUCGGUAGAGUUUAGUGAGGUCUGAAAAAGUUCCUUCUGCAAGUCAUUGAAACACUUCGCCGCUUUCCCCCCUAUGCAAUGGUCCAGCAUUUUAUUUUUCUAUAUGACUGGGAUUGUUUAUGGUUUCAA